AUGGCCACCUCGUUCCGUCCCGCCCUGCUGUCGCGCCAGCUGCUGGUCCAGCGCACACCCAUGGCCCUGCGCAGCUUCCACGCCUCGCCCACCCGCGCCAUUCUUCCCCCAUUGCCCCAGGUCAUCAAGGGCACAGUCAACGAUGCCGCCACUGUCCCCGACGCAUCCUACGCCCACGGCAGCUACCACUGGAGCUUCGAGCGCCUCAUCUCGGUCGGCCUGAUCCCUCUGACCAUCGCUCCCUUCGCCGCCGGCUCGCUCAACCCCGUCAUGGACGGCCUCUUCAUCUCCACCAUCCUCAUCCACUCGCACAUUGGCUUCCAGUCAUGCAUCAUCGACUACUUCCCCACCAAGCGCGUACCCAAGACCCGCAAGUUCUCCAUGUGGGCCCUCAAUGCCGCCACCAUCCUUGCCGGUAUUGGCUUCUACGAGUUCGAGACCAACGAUGUCGGUCUCACCGAGGGUGUCAAGAGAAUCUGGCAAGCCAAGAAGGCCGAUGUGUAA